AUGAUUUCUCUGAUCUUCGACCUGUUGUGCACCGGCAUCAUUUUGGUCCAAGGCCGAGAGACAACCGUUCAGCCUCGCAAUGCCUGGAAGUUCUGUGGUAAUUUCGCAACUGGCCAUCGUGAUGCUGCCAUGCGACUUUCAAAACAACUUGAAACGUGUGAUAAAGGUCAAUGGGGCAAAGAGUUCACCGUCGAGGGCAUUGAGAACGCAGACCCACCAGCAAAUUCGUCGUGCUUGGGUGUAGCUUGUGACGAGGAGACCUCCACCAACAUCUGGGACAACUCGUACGCCAUCACCAAGAAAUGCACAGAAGUCGCAGCCUGGGUCAACCGAAUCAUCGACGAAUGCUGUCUAGAUACUGCUAGCGAUGGCCUCUCGGGCCAGUACUUCCUGGGAGAUGGUACAAACAUCGAUAUUGCCUUUGCCUUCCGCCACAUUGAACCAACAAUAGACCAAAUGACACCUCAUUACGGAAAUCAGCGCUGA